GGAAAGAACAGUAGGGGUAAGUACCUAAGAGGUAGGUAAAGAGCUGAAAUCUCCCGUCAUUGGUUCUUGCAAGCCAUUCUACAACUUCUCUUAUCUACAACUCCCCUCACUUCGUAAACUCAGCCCAUUGUACUAUAUGUGGCCUCCUUAGAUAAAAGCAUAAGCUAUUCAAAUCGGAUCCCGUCCUCGCAUGAUCUUCUGCCUUAUUUACCUACUUUAUCCCAUACUGAAGAAUUCCCCAAGACUUCACUCUAGUUACUGAGUUCAUACCGGUAUUGCCGGAUUUGAGCCGGAUUUGAACAUCCACUAUGUCGAAGAGGGCAGUUAAGAGGAAGGUUGAUCUUGAACCACUAUUGGACGGGCCUGACGUACUAGUCAAGGAGACCCCCAAGAAGAAGAAGACUGGCAUCGACAAACGUCUUUCACGACUUGAAGAAUAUAACGAAGAUGAAGGCCGAGAGAGUAGUCGAAAUUUCCAGCGAUGGGCCGAGAUAUUUGAGAAUAAUACUAAAGGCGAAGCCAUGAAAUCAGAGACCUUUAUCAAGAAGUUCCAGGUGAAAGUUCAAAAACAGGUGGAUAAGGUGCGAGACUACAUGCAAGAGCAGGAGAAGCUACUAGCCCAGAAUAAUGGCAAACUCGUGGAAAGCUUCGAAGACCUCUAUUCGGCGACUGCUUUCACUCACGGAUCAGAUGAUGAGGCACGUAAUGCAAGCAAGGAGGGGCAUAUCUUGUUCCAAGACGCCCAGGCUGUCAUAUCAAGAAGCUACGCGUUGCUUGAAAAGUUCAAAGAGACAGACGAGCAGCUCAAGAAUUGCAAGUUCGAACUUCCCUCUGCGAAGUGGAAGCAGGACAAACAGGAUAUUAAAGACCUGCUCUCCUGUGGCCGCGAGUACGGAGAGAAGCUCGUCGAGGACAAGCUUGCUCCCAUGCCGCAGAUGUUUCAGCACAGUAAUGGACACAAGGCGGAUGGGAAGGAGGCUAUGACUUCAGAGCUCUUUAAGAAGAGUAGCAAGGCACGAGACGAGGAGGAUACUUGGGGCACAGUGGCAGCAGAACAGGUUAAGAGAUUUACGGUUAUGGCGAAAUCUGUUCCUAUGGAUGAUGUGGAGCGAGUAAGACGUUGAUCAUGAGAAUGGAGGAAGGAAAUUGUUGAUAUUGAGAUUCAGCGAGGAUUACCUAGGUAAGACUGUAACUUGCUAUGUACCUAAGGUACCUAUGUAUCGUGGAGCUUCACUAGGUACUGUGGGGCACUUGGAAGAAUACCUGCACCAUACCGUUUAUGGGUUAGUGCCAAGUCGCUUAAUUUUUUCGCUCGCAAAAACCCAGAUCCCCUGCUCCCACAAAUUUAGCAAAUUUCUAACGCUCAAU